UGGCGCGGUGACCCAUGUGAGAGACACAUCCUGCAAAAAUCAUUCUCCCCUGCAGAGAAAAAGGCAAUGGAGCGCUGAACAUUUUCACUUGUAUCCCCCUUCCCCCAAAGGCCCCGUAUUUGUUGUGAUCAGAUUUCUGUAACAUUUUUUUGGUUGGCUAUCGGGCGGUGGAACGAUGUGGAUUCAGAUUCGGACCAUAGACGGAAAGGAGACACGAACCAUUGAGGAUCUUUCAAGGCUGACCAAAAUUGAGUAUCUGAGGCUGAAAAUCAAGGAUAUCUUCAAUGUAAACCCCCAACAACAACGGUUAUUCUAUCGGGGCAAACAGAUGGAAGAUGGCCACACGCUGUAUGACUACAACGUGGGACUGAACGACAUCGUCCAGCUGCUAAUCCGUUCUCAGGCAGGGGACGCUCCCGACAGCCCCCUCGUCCCGUCCAUUGCACCCCCUGUCACCCCGAAGGACUGUGACACCAUGCCCAUGUCCAGUAGUACAGCUCUGCCUCCCACCUCCUCCAACACCACGGCUGGUGCAGCUACCACACCCUCCCCAUCCAAGCCUACCAUAGUGGCCCCCAAACCCAUCCCUACCCUCGCCACAGUCAACAACAACACAACCACCAGUAACAGCAGUACCACCAGUACCAGUAACACCAGUGAUCCCAAUAACAACAGGGCCAAGUCUUCUACUCCACCAGCACUGCUGGAGAAGCUCGACAACCAGCCAUCAACCUCCACACGUCCCUUCCUCAUAGACGCCGGCAUUGGGGUGUUCAAGAUAAAUGAGUUGGUGGACUGCAGAGACAUAAGCAUCGGUGCCUGGUUUGAAGCCUGCAUCGACAAGGUGGCACGAACCCCAAAGGGUCAGAACAGCAACAGCAAAGCUCCUACAGCGGGGAAGGUUGGCAGGCCUAGCAAAAGGACUAAUGGCAAGCUGGAGGCCGAGCCGGGCCAAGGCCACCCCUCCUCCUCCACGGACAAUAGUAAUGGAAAUAAUUAUUCGAUGUUAAACUCGGAUAGUGGGCCAGGGGCUGCGUCCUCCACCUCUCAAACAGACUCUACUGCCACAGACAAAGAGAAGGAGGAUGUCACGUACCAUAUCAAAUAUGACGAUUACCCUGAGAACGGCGUGGUGGAGAUGUGCGGCGGUAACGUGAGGCCGCGGGCUCGGACUCUGCUCCGGUGGGACCAGCUCAGUGUAGGCCUUGUUGUCAUGGUGAACUACAACAUUGAGAUCCCAGAGGAGAGGGGGUUCUGGUUCGACGCUGAGAUUACUGCACUCAAUGAGAUCUCCAGAACCAACAAGGAGGUCCGCGUCAAGAUCCUACUGGGAGGGCCAGGGGACGUCAUCCCAGACUGUAAGCUGUUGUUUCUGGAUGAGAUCUAUCAGAUUGAGAAGACUGGAGCACCCUCACUGUCUGCUGCAGAUGGCCAGUUCAAACGGAAGAGCGGGCCUGAGUGUAAGCACUGCAAGGCGGACCCCGACUCUGAGUGCAGGUUCUGCUCGUGCUGUGUGUGCGGAGGGAAGCAGGACGCCCACAUGCAGCUGCUGUGUGACGAAUGUAACAUGGCCUUCCACAUCUACUGCCUCAACCCACCACUCUCCACUAUACCAGACGACGAGGACUGGUACUGUCCCACCUGUAAGAAUGACACUAGCGAGGUUGUGAAGGCUGGUGAGAAGCUGAAGGCCAGUAAGAAGAAAGCAAAGAUGCCAUCAGCCCAUACAGAGAGUCAGAGGGACUGGGGCAAGGGUAUGGCCUGUGUGGGGCGCACUAAGGAAUGUACCAUCGUCCCCUCCAAUCACUACGGGCCCGUACCUGGUGUUCCCGUGGGAACAACAUGGAAGUUCCGUGUUCAGGUGAGUGAAGCUGGAGUGCACAGGCCCCACGUGGGAGGUAUCCACGGCCGCAGUAACGAUGGCUCCUAUUCGCUGGUGCUGGCCGGAGGCUUCGAGGAUGAAGUGGACAGGGGAGAUGAGUUCACCUACACGGGCAGCGGGGGUCGCGACCUUUCAGGGAACAAACGCAUCGGGGAGCAUUCCUUUGACCAGACCCUAACCCACUAUAACAGGGCCCUGGCGCUGAACUGUGACGCCCCCAUCAACGACAAGGACGGGGCGGAGUCCAGGAACUGGCGUGAGGGGAAGCCAGUGCGGGUGGUGCGGAGCUCCAAAGGACGACGCAUCAGCAAGUACGCCCCGGAGGAGGGCAACCGCUACGAUGGCAUCUACAAGGUGGUGAAGUACUGGCCGGAGAUAGGGAAGUGUGGUUUCCUGGUGUGGCGGUACCUGUUGCGGAGGGAUGACCUGGAACCUGCUCCCUGGACACCUGAGGGCCUAGAGCGUAUCCAGAAACUGGGCCUAGCUGUGCAGUAUCCUCCAGGCUACGUGGAGGCCAUGGCCAACAAGACCAAGAAGGAGGCUAACGCUCGACCGGGGUGUACUAGGAGCAAGAAGCAACCUGGACGGGGACGGCCACGGCUACACCCCCUGGAGAAGAUGGUGAAGGAGGAUGAGAAGAAGCCCAUGGAGGGUACAGAACAGCCACAGAGCAACGGCAGUCAGAAGACACCCAAGGACAAGGAGACAGAAUCGAUAUGUGUCCAUGCAUCCAUACACAACGUGUGUUGGUGUGCUUUGUCAGAGGUGUGUAAGGAGUCGGCGGAGCCCCGAGCCAAGCGUCUGAAGAUGGAGGAGGCGUUCCAGCUGACAGAGCAGCAGCAGAGCCUCAUCAAGGAGGACCAACCCAACAAGAAGAACUGGGAUGAGUCCAUGGGACACCUCAAGGAGGGGCCGAAUUUCCUGAGGAAGGUGGAACAGACCUUCAUGUGUGUCUGCUGCCAAGAGCUAGCCUACCAACCGGUCACCACUGUCUGCGCUCACAACGUCUGCAAGACCUGUUUGUUGCGGUCUUUCCGAGCGGAAGUGUACACCUGUCCUGCAUGUCGCCAUGACCUGGGUAAAGAUUACAUCAUGGUCCUCAACAAGACUCUACAGCUGCUGUUGGACCAGUUCUUUCCUGGCUACAGCAAGGGCCGAUGAGGCCACACACAUUACAUGUACACGGCGACACACACACACACACACACACACACACACACACACACACACACACACACACACACACACACACACACACACACACACACACAUAGAUACACACA